GUUGCACGUAGCAAGCACACGACGUAACGGAUCUUAUGAAACCUUCGGCCGGCGACGCACGCGAUAGGAUGCCCUUGUCCGGUACCCCUAACGACGUUGCUACCCUUCGCCGAUCCUGGACCGAGUAUCAUGCUCACAGAGUCUAUCGUCGAGCGUGCGACGCCCCACAAAAGUCACCGACCAGCACCACAACCAGGAAUCAGCAGAACGAACUUCGGGAGAAGCAAUCGUAUUGCCGCAGCACCGGAUCCAGAAAAUACCAGCAAAGCGUACUCUUUCACCACCGCGACGACUUCCUUUCUUCAGCGACAUCGUGAACAGUUUACCAAUUGGGCGCGUAAGCUAACGCGCAAUCGGUUCUGCUCCUCGCAGGAUAAUCUUGGUGCAUCGGAGUAUCGGAAGGAUCGUCGUAUACACGGGCUCCAGUUACCGUUGCAUCCACUGCAACUUCUCGGUUGGUUUGCGUUAGUUCUGUUUGGCUACUCCACGUUCGGUGUGUUAAUCCCGGCACUAGAACCAUCGUUACAACCUCCACUGUACAUUGCUCUUACCGUGCUGUACGUGUUUCAUCUUGCUACCCAUCUAACCGCACUGCUACUUGACCCAGCCGAUCCAGAGUUACGUCGUUUAGGGCCGGCCAGCAAAACCGUGGUGCCCGAGUUCGAUCGUACCCGGCAUUCGCACGUGAUCGAGAACGGUCGGUGCCAUCUGUGCAACAUCCGUACGACCAGCGUCCGUACCAAACACUGCAGCGUGUGCAACAAGUGCGUCGGUACCUUCGACCAUCACUGCAAAUGGUUGAACCAUUGCGUCGGUGGACGGAACUAUGUCGCCUUUCUGAUGUGUGUGGUGAGUGCGGUCAUAGCGGCGCUGGUCAUCCUGGCCGCAGCCAUCGUCGAGAUCGUGCUGUACCAUGUGCAGCCGGUUGGUUGGCUUAAUUUGGCAUGGUUCGGGCUGCUGGACGUUGGUGAUCAGACACCGUCCGAUGAGGGUGUUGAGCUUGAGCUGACUACUGUUAGCACCAGUUCGGUCGGGACAUCACUAGCGGACGAUACGAGCACGGCAGGUGGACUGUUGUUUGAGAACCUCACCACCUCUGCCCAGGACAUCCUACUCAAUGGGACUGUUGGUGGAAUUUUCGGUGGUGGAGAUACAGGGAACAGUUCCGGAACUGUGGUCGGUUCGACGAACACGACGACGCAAUCGAAUACAACGGCUACUGUAGCUGCGGCUGCUGCCGAAGGUAUAGCACUACAUCACACAGUGUUCCUGGUAUUUGUUGCAUCGCUCGGAAUUUUGGCAGCUAUAGCUGCGGGAUUACUGUUGCAUCUGUGCUUCUUUCAUGUGUACAUCUCUUUUCUGGGUCUUACAACGUACGAGUAUAUACGUAACAAUCGACAGGCAGCGGGUGCGCAACAAAACCGAGCAAAUGGUAGAGAACAUGGGGCACACCUUUCGAAUGGACCACCGCAGCUCGGUGGAGAUGUUGAAAAUGCACCAUCAAAGUUUUCGCUCUUCUCCAACUGUACCCAUGCAGGGUCGCGCAAAUUCCCCGAGGUGUACAUCUGUUCCUCGAUCAAUCAAAAGACUUCCGCUACGAUCAACGGUCCACCGACAGGAGUGUCUUUGCUGGGUCGGCGAGGAAGUUCUAGCAUGCCAAAUUCUCCCGCUAUAAUUCUCCCUGGUCAGCUAAACGAUCUUAACCGGGUGAGACCUCGUACACUGCAUUGCUGUGAUAGUAGCAGCACAGAAUGCCGAAACAACAUCACAGCUGCUGGGUUGCGGACUGUGACAGCAAACGUUGCAUCCAGCUCGUCCAGCACCGUAACGACAUCGACGAACGGUAAUGGGGACGAACCGCAGCACCAACAUCUUCAGCAGCAGCAACAUCAUCACCAUCAGAAGGCUACCUUCUAUCUCUGUUCGAUGUUAGAAGAUGAUCCACAUGAGGAUCCUUCCGAAGGGAAGAAUUCCGGCAAUUGCCAAGGUACGCGGACGUUUCACUGCUGUUCUCAGUACAGUCGCCAGAUGGCUGCAGCACACACCUCCUCAACCAUGACCACUAACAAUAACAAUCACCACCGCCAGCAUCAUCAUCAUGGGAACGAUUUUCUUGCUGCUGCAACGGCAGCCACCCUGCUCGCCACUACCAUGACCACGUUGACGACAACGACAACGACUUCCGAGGAGGCAUACAUCCAAUACACGGAGCGUUGUUCUUGCUGCAGCUUCCAAAUGCAGAAACCUGUGAUGCAACCGUCAGCCGAUGGGACAGCAACGACAGCACGGAGGCAUCCUCUCCACUCGUACGAUUUGCAUCCGUUUCGGAGAGGUUCCGAUAAGGUUCCUGCACUAGUGGAGCAUCAGCAACCACAGCACCAGCAGCAAGGUGGACGACGGCUGUGCUGUGCGAGCGAAUCCCUUGCCGCAGUAAAGUCGCACCACCGAUGGAAAAGGAAAUGGAACUGUUGCUCGAGCGUGCCAGAUAGUCCGGACAUUCCGGUUGAUAUGAGAACCAUCUCCGGUACGGUGUCCGUUUCCGGCAGUCGCACCGUAAUGAGUGCUCAGAUUGAUACCGCGACCCAACCCGACUUACCGACGAUCAGGAACGUUACGGAGCAGCAACAGCAACAUACGACAUCGAUUGAGCGUCACUCACACGGCGCACCAGAACUGACAUGUAAUGAAAACUGUGCCAACAAUAACUGUAGUAGCGUUAGUGUUAGUAGUAGCUCCCGUGCGAUGGCCGUUCGAGCUGUGAAGGAGGAUGAAACGACCGUCAUCGAACCAGCCACGACGGUGUCCACUUCUGCUUCAUCUUCUUCUUCUUCUUCUUCUGCGAUAGAAAUUCUAAACUCCGAUGCCAACGGGAACGAGCUGGCGCACGAACGAGAUGCAAGUACGACUUCGCCGGCCAGUGUUUCCCCCGUGCCGAAACGUCCCCGAGCGAGACUCGUCCGUCCGUGGCCGGUGGUCCGCUUGCGACACAUGAUGCGUAUGAUUGAUCGCUACCGGAGACCUCGCUGUCGUGCGAAUCUUGCCGGCACUACUAGUGGCAGCAGUGUGACGGUAUCGGCAGUGGGAAGUGGUAGUUCUGGAGGUAUUGGCAGUGGGAGCUCUAUCCGGCAGAACCAGGUACGUCCACUAUCGUCCAGUGAGUUUGCGAGCGCUCUGCUUACGGUACCUGGGUUUGGUGCGUCGGCACUGGCAGCGGCAGCUGCUGCGGCUGCUGCAGCAUCCUCUUCCUCCUCGGCUUCAGCUGUUUCACCUUCCGGUUCGACAUCCGAUGGACCAGGAUCUCCGUCCGUGCAUCUUCGCUCGCCAACGAUGCGUGGAUCGUCCGAGUCUUCGUCAUCGAUCACGAUGCCGGUUUUGCCACCGCCGGCUCGGCGACGAUUAAAAGGCGGUGGUGCGGGUUGCGUGGAACAGUUGCCGGAGUUGAUUGGAGACAUCACCACACCGUCCUCUACGUCGGGAUCAUCCGUCCGAGGUCCGGUUCAUCCGCCGAUGAACUACAGGCGAAGCCGCCGUAAGAAUAUUAUUCGCAACCGUAGCCCAACACUAUCGCCGAUACACGAGUCCGGCCUAUCGAAUCCGACUUCUCCACAGCCCUGUCGGCACGUUUAUCCCAUUUGCUCGUCCAGCACGAACUCGGGGGUGAUUCCACUCGUAACGACGACUGGGUAUACGGAUCAAUCACCCUAAGA